AUGGCACUUUUAUAUAAUUCUAAUCAAUCAAUUACAAACGAUACUGCUUACAAAUUAAUAGUUGAACAGGUGAAAUAUAUUACCUAAUUACCUAGGCAUUUUUGUUUUUCUAGAAAUUCGGAAAUAUUCCUGAUUAUGUUUGGUGUGAUAAUUGCAUAUUCUUUGAUCAUACUUCUAUUGCAAUUAUUAUUUUCUUCAUUUCUGGAAUGAUUGCUGUCACAUUAUCAUCGAUUUAUUGUAUAAUCACAGCUUUUGCAUCAUUUUCAGCAUUGAAUGAGAUGAAAAAAUCGCUCUCUACAAAAACGCUCGCAGUUCAAAGAAAUUUUAUUAUCAGUUUAUUGAUAAUGGUAAAUUUUCGAAUAUCUUUGAAUUUCCAUCUGAAUAUUUUCAGAACGUAAUACAUGUCGUAUUGAUUGCACUGCCAAUAACUGUAUUUUUAUCGGGAUAUUUUAUAGAAAUCUCGUCUGAUCUCAUGGGUAAAAUUAUGUUAUUCGUUUUCCUAAUUGUAUUGUAUUUUGUUACAGUUAUUGGUCAUAUUUGUAUCGCUUUGAUAACUCAACAUGGAACUGUGUCAACAUCAGUGUUUUUGACAACAAAUAAAGCUAUACGACAAGUUGUUAAGCAGAUUUGGAAGUGA